AAUAAUGUCAGCAAAAGGAUAAAAAAGGGAAACCUACAGGAUCAUGUGCUCCAACAACAAAUUUACUUAUCCACAUUGUCUAGUUGCUAACCAACGGAGCUGUAUUUUACCAUAAAAUUCACAAACCAUCUUUUUGACUUACAGCAGCACCCCACUCUUUUCCUCCUUCACUUCCCUCAUCAGCACAUAAAAAGCUUUGUAACCCUUUUAUCAUCAUCAACCUCAUCACAUUCUAUUCAAAGUUUCAAAAUCGGAGAAUCAAUACCAAAAAAUCUUCGUUUUGAUGGAUUCCCUUUGGUCACCAUGGCGAAACUUGUUUGUGUUUCUAAUGGCCUAUUUGUCCUCGGUAGCCUUAUCAUCAUCGCCGUGGUCGCCAGAACACAUACGAUACUUAACUAUAUCGGCUGCACUGGCAAUCUUGCCGAGUGCACCGCUAGCCUCUUCUGCAAGUUUACCCCCCAAUAUCGAGCCUUUGUUCCCUACUCCAAAUGGUGUGGUGCCUUCUCCAACUGAUUCAUCGGUGCCCAUGAUUCCUUCGAGCCCCAGUCCCCUGAAUCCGGAUGACAUCUUGGCUCCGGCUCCUGGUUUCGCUAUUUCUCCAGCUGACCCUUUGCCGGUAUCCACUUCGGUUUAUCCAACAUCACCUUGUGCUCUAGAAUCUCCAGCUUUGUUUAUUGCAGUAGCUGUCUGGUGUGUGAAUUUCUGUUUAGUGCAACCCCAAUUAGCCGGCGUAGUAGUUCCACUCUGA